UUAGCUCAGCUCUAUAAAAGAAGAGACACAGAUCAACGAAAUCAUCAAAGCUUUCGAAAUAGUUCGAACACCAAAAUUCGACCAAAAUGAAGCUCAUCUCUAGUUUUACUUUUAUUUUGCUGCACGUAUAUUUUAUUGUUCAAUGCGGCUCAACUAAUACAACUGCAACUGCGAAAGACCAUCCAGAUGAAAAACGUGAGGACUAUACAUUUUGUGGUAGGUUUAUUGCAAAGAAUGGAGAUUUCACAUUCAUAACCUUCGGCAUUUCAUGGGGUAAAUGGAUUGUAUUUGAGAAUGGCAGUGGUGGAAACCAGAUACCAAUAAUUCCAAAAGUCGGUCAAAAAUUAUAUAAAGGAGAAUCUAGAACGUUUUGCGCAAGCGGAAAAACGGGUUGGAUAAGUGGCGUUGAGCUAUAUUUGUUCGGGGAUCGAAAACCGCAAUAA